AUGCUUGAGCUUGAGGAAGAUAGCCAUGCUGAGGACGCCAUUCACGACGCCGGCUCAAUCUGCCCCCCUCUUGUUUCCCACAAUGUUACUCCUCAGCAUUUCUCAGGUAAUGGACAGCCCCAUAAUUCUGAAAAUAACGCCAACAAUCGUGGAACUUCGCAGAAUCGUGGCAAGAAAAACAACCGCGGUCGCAGCGGCGGCAACCGCAACAACCGCGGUGGCAGCGGCAAUGGACAAAGCAGCGGCGGGGGCAGCCGCACCACUGCACAGCCGCAGCAGCAGCAGCAAGGCCUCGCUGCCCCGUCGUGGUAUUAUCCACCAUGGGCAGCUUGGGGGCCACAGCCGUGGGCCACCCCACCUUGUCCCUAUCCUACGGCGGGAUGGCAGCAGCCCCGUGGCGGGCAGCAACCGCGUCCAGCUCCCUCGCAGCAGGGAGUUCUUGGUCCUCGUCCUCCACAGUCGUUCUACUCGUCAGCCUCGUCAUCACAUGGCGGGUAUGCGCCCACAGAUAUUGAUCAAGCUAUGCACACAAUGUCGUUGAAUCCGCCCGAUGACAGAAUUGGUACAUGGACACCGAGCCACAUCUCAUAUGACCAACUCCCAAGGAUUUACAGACGGGGAGCAAACUCAUGAGAUGUGAGAGUUCGGGUGAUCUUUAUCCAUUCUUCCCAAAUUUUCGAGCCAUCUCGCCAUUCGCACCAUCUCGCUUUUAGUGUCAUCUCUCCUCAUAUCCGGC